ACAACAGCGUGUAUCUAAUACCCGUACAUCAACAACAAACAACAGCGUGUAUCUAAUACCCGUACAUCAACAACAAACAACAUAAAAAUGUCUGUGGGACUAUUAGUAGGAGAUUGUGGUGGCACCAACACCCGUCUUAAGCUCAUUGAACUAGACACAUCAGGUGAACUGGAGUCAGUCGCGCGAGGUGCAUCUGCACCUGGCAAGGUUGCUUUCGAGAAGAAAUAUCAGAACGAAGAGUACUCAGAUUUCUUAUCUGUUGUUAAGAAGUUCAUCGAGGAGUCUGGUGGCAAAGCACCUGAGGCGGCGUGUUUGGCAUGUGCAGGCCCCAUCCUGGGCAACACAGUGCUGUUCACGAACAUUGAAGAGGGCUGGUUCAUCGACGGUGCAGUGCUGGAGGAGAGUCUGGGCAUUAAGAAGGUGAUGCUGGUCAACGACUUCACAGCCAUGGGGUAUGUACUGGAUGUAGUGUUCG